UGUUUGCAAAAUUGUCAAAAUAUAGUGAAGUAAAUUUUCGAAUAGAAUUAAAAUAUUUGUGUUAAUUCGGUUAUAACGUGGGUGUUAACGCAUUAAAUCAUCAAACAAGAAAUUUAUCGUAAAAUCCAUCCACGAUGUUGAAGUUCUUAAUUUUCUCGGUCCUUAUUUUAACAUCUUUCAGAUGCGGUUCCAGCCUAUACUGUCAAGUAACCAAUCUUGACAAACUGAUUAACACCAGAGAAGUCGUUCAUUCGGCUCAGAACUGUGACGCCUAUCUGAAUAACAUCAUGCCAAAGUUCUUUGAAAAUGAAAAACACGAGGAACUGAGGAGUCUUUCAACUUCUGCCAGCUGCUACACUGCGAGGGUGACUACAGAUGAUCCGUCCACCAACUUCGUGGUGAAGGGCUGUGUGCCAAAAGGAAAAUGUGACCAAUUCGUGACACCGACUAUUAAAAGAGAAGCCAAGGUGCAAGGUGUUACCAUCACAAAGCUGAAGUGUGCAGAGUGUGAUGGAGAACGUUGUAAUGCGUAUUGAAUUAUUUAAAAAAAAACUGUGUUGAGAUAAAUUUGUAUUGGAAAUCGAUUUUUGUUGUUGAAUUAUUGUUGUCAAUAAAGAGAAUUGCUCCUUUUUCCAUUUAA